AUGUUCCCCCCCGACCCAUUACAUUUCCGCGACGGCGGCGGCAGCAGCUACGACGCGGCCACCGCGGUGGGCACCGGCAGUGCCAACAACAACAACCACACAAGGCCCGCCGUCAGCCAGGAUCCCUCGGAUCCCUUGGCCGCCUUGGAGAGGCACUUACUCGCCCACCCACACAGACACCACCACCACCGCACCCACGGCCAGAGUGCCCAUCCACCGCGUGCCCAGCAGCUGCAAGGAAAGACUGCCCUUCUGGCACCACCGUCCCCGCGCCACUGCAUGGCUGCCACCACCGCCUGGACACCGGCCCCGGACCGGCGGCAGAGCUGGGACGAGCAGGAAUACCGGCGGGCGAUGAUGGUGCAGUCGACGGGGCUGGAGUGUGGGUGCCAUCCGCACACGGGUGGCGGCGACGAAGCCACCGCUCCACAUCGUCAGCACCAACAUCUUCACUCGCCUGAUGGUGUCUCGGUGCGGGGCCUCUACGAGUCAGACUGGGGGUUUAGUGAGAUUGUGCAUAAGUAA